AUGCGACUUCCGAUACCGCUCGAUCCAUCGGAUGCUCUAACCGAUGUGGAAAACCCCGCGCCGCCGGAGAGAAUUCAUAUCCCACUCGAAGAUCGCCUCCUUGACGGCUGCGUUCUCAGUGAGGAAGAUUUGCGCGCUGCCACCAACGAUGUCAUUCUCCACUGUAUCGAGGGCGAAAUCGUUAGAACGAAAAGCAUCCUAGUCAGAAACAUGAGCUUGUAUUUCCGCACCUGUUACCGUUGGGACGAGGGCAGAUCCGCGCGAGGCGACUUCGAUGCGAGGGUCACCACCUACCCGACGCUGAGAGCGGUGGCUAACUUUUUCGAAACUGGAAACCUCGAACUGAGACUACAAAACAUACAGCAGCUCUAUAUGGCGAUCCACUAUCUCGAAGUUCCGCAUCUUCUAGAAGCCUGCAGAGACUACUUGGAGUCUCACCUCCCAGAAACUGCCGUGAUAGCUUUGCACUUGGCAUGUUUUUACGAAGACAUGGAAGAGCUCGAGGAACUCGCCGCGAGCAGCCUUGCGGAAAACGUGGAUAAAUAUAAGUCGCUCCUUUUCCGGCUCCCGGGACAGUUCAUGGCCGCUGUGAUAAGUCAAGAUAAUCUAAAAGUUCGCUCCGAAGACGAAGUCCUUGGAUUGCUCACCGAGUGGAAAAAACGCAGACGGAGAGCAAAGAAGGAAAUUUCAAAAGUUCUCGAGUUCGUCCGUUACCCCCACUUAACGCCUGCGGGCCUCGAGAAGGCGUACGUUGAGUUCUCGGGGCUGAUCAAAAGCGCUUCUGCGUCUUCCUGUCGAAACGGUGCACUCCAGCAAGUGCCAGUGGAGCAACUGACGAGGCGACGUUUCUAUUCCGAUCACAUCCACUUGAUCUGGAGCGAAACUCCGGGCCCGCCCUGCGAGCUAAACGGAGGUCUGGACUCCCGCGUUGAGUUCAAGACCUCGUGUCUACGGUGCUCGCCCGAUGGAAUCAUCUCUCACAAGACUUUGCACGACAUCCCCGAGCUGAGGAGCGGAAAUGAGAGAUUCGAAUUCGUGACUGUGAUGAACUCUCUGCAUAUGUUGACCCAUUCGAACCGACUGAACGAAAUCGUCGUCUACAAACAGGAGCAAGACUACGACUGGGAUUGGCAAUGUGACAUUGCAAGGGACAUUUUGCUCGAGGAAUUUUGCGCGUGCGCCUAUGAAGGUAAAAUAGUCUUCACAAUGUUCACCGGAUACGGGGACAAUAUUCGCUGCAUAGAAGUCGACACGUUGAGCUCGGACGGCGAUCCCAGGAUUCUGGAUCUUCGCCAGCCUCCGAACACCUACUACAGCGCGUUGCAGAUGAGUCUUCAUGACGACUGGCUCAUUUAUUUGAGAGUCGACAAAGUACAGCUGUCCAGCACCAAGAGGGAAGACUUCCGCGAGUUGUGCUUGGAGUCUUAUGGAACUCCGCGAGGACUCAACCCAGCGACGAGGUUCGCGAGCUACAUUCGGUGCGAUAAUUACCUUUAUAUCUACAAGGACGUCUUGACGGUGAGCCCGACCUUCAGACGUGUGAGAGGUCUGUUUGACCAGGUCUUGAAAAUGAAUGUCAACACCCAGACAAUCGAGAAGACGAUUGAUGUUCGCAAGCCGCUCUACUCGAAAUUCAAAGAUCUCGGAAGAAGCAAAGUUCGUAUGGACAAAUCUCACGUCCGGCGGACUUUUGUCAGCGGCUCCAAGUUGUUGGUUGCCCUCCAAGAAGACGACAGCGAUCACUGCAGAUUAGUCCAGAUGGACGAGGACGAAGACGAAUUCCCUAUCUUGGCCGACGUGCGUGUGUCGGACCCGCAGAGGAGCUACCAUCGUCGCCUGGAAUACGUGGUGCCUAUUCACGUUCAUCACUGCGACCACACUACCGUUCUGAAUGAGUACUGCAGGAACUUACGUCAUCCCCAAUAUCACGAUGUUCUGGAACGCUUAGCUUAUUACUUGUGA